UUGACGUGCUGUGCCGUCGUCUUGCCGUAGAUUUUAUCGACGUAUUUGUCGUUGUUGUAACGAGUUUUACGAUUAGCGCUUACGUGUAUUGUAUACUCACGGCGAACGUAUUAUCCUCAGAAAUAUAUUUUAUAAAUUGUUUAUGUUUGCUGAUUCGAAUAUAUAGUAUGUACAUACAUAUGUACUCACAUGCAUACAUCAAGAGAUAUUCACUAAACCGUUAUUCAAAAUAUACACACACUGUCGUUAUGCACCUGCCGUCGGCAUUCGCCAUGGUUGCUUAAAUACUGAUAAUGAAUUGUGGCGGUAAGUGAUAAGCUCGCGGAAAACCCUUUGACAUAUAUACACACAUACAAACAUAUGAUGUAUACAGCGGUGAACAUGUUAAUCAAGAGCUAAAUUAAAUGUGUGUGCAGGCGAUAAUUUUUAUUGAUUUUAUUACUAACAUAAAUAAAUGUGUAUGUAUAUGGGAAAAUGUGUACUUUACUGCAGAGAUUUCAGUUAUUACCGAAAUAACGAUACACUCAAUAAAUAUUGAAUUUAAAUACAUUAAACGUAUUGUUGAAUAUUAAUAAUAAUAUUUUAUGUUGUAUAGAAUGUAUGGCAACUCUACGCUGUGAAAAAGCGCUAAAUACUACUUACACUCAUAUAUAAAUGCAAAAACUGUGUAAAUAUAUUGAAAAUGUGUUUUUAAAGAAUUGAUACGAAAGUGGGAGAGGAAAAAAUAAUAACAAAUUUAGUGUAUGUGUUGGUGCAUUGCCGAUCAACGCAUAUUAUACACAAGUGUAAAAGUAAAGAGCCCUGACUUUCUUUAGGGCAACACUUUUAACUUCCUUAUCACGCUGGGAUUAAAAACCGCCAAAAUUGUGGAGGCACUUAAAAUGAAGACUGAGCUGCGUUCAUGCGCAGCGUGUGGGGAGCCAAUCUCGGAUCGGUUUUUUCUCGAGGUUGCCGGUUGUUCAUGGCAUGCCACAUGUUUGCGCUGUUGCAUCUGUCAAUGCCCGCUCGACCGUCAGCAAUCGUGUUUCUUCCGCGAACGACAAGUCUAUUGCAAAGCAGACUAUGGCAAACACUUUGGCGCAAAAUGUUCAAAAUGCUGCCGCGGCAUAUCGGCGACAGAUUGGGUGCGUCGCGCACGUGAUCUCGUCUUUCAUUUGGCGUGUUUCGCGUGCGAUCAAUGCGGACGACAACUCUCCACCGGCGAACAAUUUGCUCUGAUCGAUGAUCGGGUGCUGUGUAAGGCGCAUUACCUGGAAACGGUCGAGGGUGGUACGACAUCGAGUGACGACGGCUGUGAUGGUGAUGGUUAUCAUAAAAGUAAAACGAAACGUGUACGUACCACCUUCACCGAGGAACAAUUACAGGUGCUGCAGGCCAACUUUCAGAUCGACAGUAAUCCGGAUGGACAGGAUUUGGAGCGUAUCGCAUCGGUGACUGGCCUGAGUAAGCGUGUAACGCAAGUUUGGUUUCAGAAUUCGCGAGCGCGACAGAAAAAACAUAUUCAUGCUGGUAAGAAUAAAAUGCGUGAACCCGAAGGAAGCUCAUUUGCCCGCCAUAUUAACCUGCAGUUAACAUAUUCUUUUCAGAAUAACGCCCAGAAUCCUAUGCACCUGAAUGGCAACUCCAAAGGUUUAUAUCCUUCACAUGAAUCCUCCAUGGAUGAACUCUCACAGGACUCAAGUGUGCAUUGUAUGCAGAGUGAAGUGUGACUGGAACAUUUGAACCACCAUUAAAGCGGACGUAGGUCUAUACAUUUUUGGUGGCAUCGGAGAACAAUAUACACGCCCAACCACACACACACACACACAUACACGAAUCAUGGAGGAGUUUAUGUAUGAUAAUACAUAAGAAACGAUUUAAAACUCAAACCCAGUAAAACAAAAAUCAAUUUAACAAAUAUUUAAAGAAAAAAUCAAAAAU